CCUCGGACUUAGAAGCGACUGUUACCCGGGGUGGUUUUGCGGGUGCUUUGUUUGCACAACUGUGGAAGGGCAUCUGAGGCGGGGUCGCAGUAUUAGGAUGUACCCUAGGUUAGCAGGAUGAAUUAUUGAUUCAGACAGUGAUCCCACAGUAUUUAUUGCUCUUAUGCCGCGUUCCCGACUGAGGACUAGGGUUUGGGGUAGAGACACGGAUGAGCAUGGCCCGCUCUGUCCUAGGGAAAGAACCCUGAGUGACUCAAAAGGUUUGCCCUGUCUACUAAUCUAAAAGGUUGGCAGUUCGAACCCACCCAGCAAAGCAUCAGGAGAAAUGCCUGGUGAUUGCUUGCACAAAGAUUGUUGUGUGCCAUGAGUGGAUUUCGACUCUUAGUGACCCUAUAGGACAGGGUAGAAUUGCCUCUAUAGGGUUUCCUAAGCUGUAGCCUUUAUGGGGGCAGACCUACAGAGCGGCUGCUGUGUUUGAACCACCAAUCUUUUGAUCAGCAGCCACCCAGGGCUUAACCGUUGUGCUGUCAAGGCUUCCAUCCUCAAAGAUCACAGCCAAGAAAAACCUAUGGAGUAGUUUUUCUGAAACUCACGAGAUCGAUUUGAGUCGGAAUCAACUCCACUGCAAUGGGUUUGGUUUGAUUUUUUGGUCCUAGUGCAAUAUGCUGGCUGAUCUAAAGCUUGGACACUUUCUAACCCUAUUCAGAAGGAAUUAUUUUCUGCCUUGAAUUUUUUGUUAAAACCAUGUGUUUUACAUAAUGGAAGGCAUUUUGAUAUCAGUGAAAGAUUUUUUGAGGCAGUAUAGAUUUUGAUACAAAUAGUGGGACACAUAUGUCCUAAGUGAACUCUGGUGCUGGGAUUUGUGGUAUGAAGCCCGUUUUCUUCAGAUUCACGCAGUUAUAGAGAUCCCCACCAGAUGGCAGAAGGCGCUAAAUGUGGGAAAGCAACUUCUCAGGAAAUCCGAGGGACUGAAAAUAGAGAUGGGCGAGGGUUUAUUCCAUUACUCGUGAAAGGGCUAAAUAAGCAAAUAGUAGACACUGGUGUCACACGAAAAGUGCAGACGAGUGUCAAAAAAGGACGAAGGAGAGCAGGAAAGAGAUCCUGGUAGAGGUGGCAUUUGCUCUGGGUUUUUGAAGGAUGGAUGGAGUUUGAGAAUGAGGCGAUCCUAUGAAAGAAUCAAGAGUGAGAUGGAGGCACCUGGGAGUCAAGGGACCAGUCUUACCCACUGAGACAGUUUGUAUGUAGUGCACGUAAAGGUCGUGCAAUAACUAGCUCUGCUUUUAAAAUGAAAUGUUUAGUGAAUGAACAUAUCUUAAAUUGCUACUGCUGGUUUUUAGCCAAUUUUCAACAGCAUAGCCAGAUCACUUUCUAAGCUACUGUCUAAGCUACUGAUUUCAAGUUGUUUUUCAUCAGAGACAUUUGCUGUAGAACCAAGAUGUAGGGUCCUCCAGGGCUUGAUACCCAGGGGACUUAACUAAAGAGCUUUGAAGAAGAGAAGCCCCCUCUGUUCAUCUUCUACAUUUUCCUCCCUUCCCCUGAUUUAAUUUGCAAUAAAGAAGAACAAGAAGGAAACAACAGUCCAGUUUCUAGUACUCCUGCCCAAAGAACCGUUCUUCCUGUUGCUGGGUGGGAAAGGUGGGGAGGUACUUAGGUAGAUUUCUGAUUCUGAAGGCACUCAAGCAAUCCAGAACCCCAAGCUUGAAAGGCAGUGGGAAGAGUAGGAGCCUUUGAAUUUGACCUGGCUUUGAAUCCCAGUUCUCUCACUCGUUGGCCAUGUAAUCGCAGUUUUCAUGUAAUAUGUAAAGCUUCCAGUAUGGUUCCUUGCACCUAGUCAGCAGAUGUGCAGUAAAUGAUGGUCAUUUCUAGCCUUCUAAAAGUAAAUAAUAUCAAAGGGAUUUCAGUGUGAAAGUAAGGCCAAGAAACAGGAUAGAUGAUAGAACUAAAAGUGAGACUGAAAUCAGGAGUAAAAUGAAUUAAGCAGGGUAAAAACUGAAGCUUAGAGCAGGCCUUUGAAGUUUAUGUUGCUGUGCUGAUUAUAUAUCAUAGUAUCCGUUCUACCUCCUGUCCUGGAAACUCAAUUCAGCCAAACAAAGAACAAUGACAGCAAAGCAGAAUUUUAUAGGAACAGUAGCCUCAGCUGACAAAAAAUCUUGGGAUGUCCAGAAACCUAAUUAAGAAUGUCAUCUCAUCGUAAACAAUUUGAAGCAGAAACACAGCGUUCCUCGCAGGUCUGAUUUACAGGGAGAGAAGUGUAUUAGUUUCCUGUGGCCGUUGUGGCAAAUUACCACAAACCCGGUGGCUUAAAACAACAGAAAUUUAUUCCCUCACAGUUCCAGAGGCCAGAAGUUGAACACGAGUUUCACUGGGCCAAAAUCAAAACAUUAACAGAGCUGCACUCCUGCAGAUGUUCUAGGGGAGGGUCUCUUUCUCCCAGCUUCCGGCAACUGCUGGAUUUAGGACUCGUCCAAAUAAUCAAGGAUAAUAUGCUCAUCACAAAUCUUUAACUUAAUCACAUCUACAAAGACCCUUUUUCUUUACAAAAUAACAUCUACAGGUUCCAGGGAUUAGGACCUGACAUCUUUGAGUGGCCAUUAUUCAACCUAUUACAAGAAGUUGAACCCAGUUUAGCCAGCAUCCCCAAAAGAGAUAACUGACUCUCAUCUGUUUAUUUUUCCACCUAAAUGUUUUUCAUUAUAGAAACAAUUCAUGUUAUUGUAGAGCAUUUAGAAAGUACAGAAAAUUUAAAAAAAAAGAGGAAAAGAAAUUAAAUGAAAACUCAUCUGUAAUCUUCCCACCAAGGUAUCACCAGCAUCUCAUCUGUGAGCAUUUUUCUAGCUUGGAUCUUAUGUUUAACAAGGAAGAAGAGCUGGGAAAAGAGAAUAAAAGUAAAUAGGAUAUAACAAGCAAUUUGAAAUGUAAUAAAAUAAGUUAAUUUUUCUCACAAAGUACGUGUACAGGAUAAAACCAAAAAAAAAAAAAAAACUGCUGUUGAGUCAAUUCUGACUCAUAGAGAUCCUAUAGGGCAGAGUAGAACUGCCCCAUAGGGUUUUCAAGGAGCAGUUGGUAGAUUCGAACUGCCAACCUUUUGGUUAGCAGCUGAGCUCUUAACUACUGUGCCACCAGGGCUCCCUAAUAUAAAAUGAUGUAGAGCUUUUACAAAUGAAAUUAAGCAGGACAAGAGAUGCAUGUAUGGGUAUGUGGAAAUGACUUUCAAUCCAUUUGAGAUGGUAAGUUUAGCUUUGGCUUCUGACUUGACAACCCUAGAAUUUUCCCGUUACUACCUCAUUUACUCCCUGAGCUCAGGCCCUGGCCUGCUAAUGUGUCCACUCAUAGGCUCUUUGAGUCCUUAUCAGCCUUCCUCAGUGGGUCAAUGUCACGGAGAUUUGAAGAGUCUGGCAGAGUUUCUGCUCCUCCCAGGCUGAUAUCAAAGGGCAACAGGGGCUGUGACAGAAGGCAAACAUUCAGACCAAAGCCAGAUGUGGAGCUGAAACAGCAAGAGGAAAAGCUCGAGCAUCAGGAACCCCUUUCUACUGUUAUUUGGAGCACAAAGAGACUGCUGAAAUGGAGAGUCUUAUGACUGAUAUUGGCACGCCCUACCCUGAGAGAGUUGUAGAGGUGGGCAGAGUGACUUUUGGAGAAGAGAACAGGAAGACGAUGACCAACACCUAUUUGAAAAGAACAGAGAACUCUAAAAUCAUCCGAGCUAUCUGUGCACUGUUAAAUUCUGGAGGGGGCAUCAUCAAAGCGGAGACUGAUGAUAAGGCAUACAGUUACCGAUGCCACGGGCUAGGGCAAGAUCUGGAAACUUCUUUUCAAAAGCUUCUUCCUUCAGGGUCACACAAGUAUCUUGACUACAUGCAGCAGCAACACAAUCUCCUGAUUUUUGUGAAGUCGUGGAACCCAGGGGUUUUCGGCCUCCCCCUAAGGAUUUGCAGCCUGCGUUCCAAUUUGUAUCAGAGAGAUGUGACUUCUCUUAUCAACCUGAGUGCCAGAAGUGCCCUGGAGCUUCUCAGAGAGAAGCAGUCUAGAGCCCAAAGAGGAAGACUGAGGGUGAAGGAGUUGCAUUCUCAGAAAGCUCUUGACAGAUACAUUCAGGAAGAGGAAGAUAUGAAAGCAUCUGCUUCAGAACUUUUAAAAAAGGACAAACUCGUGUUUAAAGAGAAACUCGACUUUACUGAGUCAACCCACGUUGAGUUAAAAAGGUUCACCACCAAAAAGAUUGUGCCUCGUGUGAAAGAAAUGCUGCCUCGUUAUGUUUCUGCAUUUGCCAACACUCAAGGGGGGUACCUAAUUAUUGGGGUGGAUAAUAAGAGCAAAGAAGUAUUUGGAUGUAUGAAAGAGAAAGUAAACCCUGAUUUAUUGAAAGAAGAAAUAGAAAACUGCAUAGAAAAAUUGCCCACAUUCCACUUCUGCUGUGAGAAGCCAAAGGUGAAUUUCACUACCAAAAUCUUGAACGUGUACCAAAAAGAUGUCCUGUAUGGUUAUGUCUGUGUCGUUCAAGUGGAACCCUUCUGUUGUGUAGUGUUUGCAGAAGCCCCAGAUUCCUGGAUCGUGAGGAACAAUUCUGUCACGAGGCUGAUGGCUGAGCACUGGGUGGCCCUGAUGCUGGAUAUUCAGUCAGCUCCUUCCAGUCUGGCCAUAGAUCACAGCUCUCAUCCAAUUUCACCAACUUCAUCUGCAGUAAGAACCCCAGUAUAUCCCAGAAAAGUCCUGGAAUUUAAGGGGACACUGCAACGGCAUUUCUUUCCAGUGACACAGGAGGAGUUGCAAUUUAAACCAGAGUCCCUCUGCAAGAAGUUAUUCUCAGACCAUAAAGGACUGGAGGACUUAAUGAAGGCACAGAUAUAUCCUUGUUCUCAGGGAAUUGUAAUAUUUUCUAGAAGCUGGGCAGGUGAUGUUGGCUUAAGGGAAGAGCGGAAUGUCCUGUGUGAUGCUCUCUUAAUAGCAGUUAACAGCCCCCUGGUCCUCUAUACAAUCUUAUUAGACACCAGGUGGAUUGGAGGACUUGAAUAUGCCCAAAACACGGCUUAUCAGUUAAAGCAGAAACUGGAAACUGUUGGUGGUUACACGGGGAAAGUGUGUGUCAUCCCGAGGCUGAUGCACCUGCCCACCACACUGUAUUUGCCUGAUGAAACCCCUGUGCACUACCCGCAGUCUUACAGGCUUGCGAAUAAGGAUGAAAUGGAAGACUUGUUGCAGGCCCUUGUGGUGGUCUCAUUGUGCUCUAGAUCUCUUCUGAGUGACCAGCUGGGCUGCGAAUUUUUCAACUUGCUUAUAGAGGAGCAGUGCGAGCUGCUUUCAGAGAGCCUUCAGGAGACACGGGAACUCUUCAUCCACUGCUUUCCAGGAACCAGGAAAACAGCCCUCGCCAUAAAGAUCAUGGAGAAAAUUAAGAACUUGUUCCACUGCAAACCAAAAGAGAUCCUCUAUGUUUGUGAAAAUGACUCCUUAAAGGAUUUUGUGAUCCAACAAACCACCUGCCAAGCGGUGACACGGAAAACCUUCAUGCAAGGAGAGUUCCUAAAGAUUAAACACAUAGUGAUGGAUGAAACUGAGAAUUUCUGUGGUAAAUAUGGUGAUUGGUACAUGAAGGCUAAGAACAUCACCCAUCCAAAGGUGAGGGGAGCUGGAAGUGGAAACCUUCACCAUGGAAUUCUCUGGAUUUUUCUGGACCCUUUCCAAGUCUAUAAUGUGGAUGUCAGUGGCCUUCCCCCUCCAUCAGCUCAGUUUCCUCGAAAAACAAUCACCAAGGGGAUCCAUUGUGCUCUGGAGAUAGCACAGUUCAUGAAAGAAGAAAUGAAGAGGGUCAAAGAAAAUAUUCCCUUCAACAUGUCUAUAGAUUCAUUGGCAUUGUUUAGGGAAGAUGCCUACGAGGAAAUAAUGUGUGCCCAGACUCUUCCAGGGACGUGUGAGACAGAAACUAAUGUGACAAAAGAACAAAUAGCAAGCCAUGUGGCAGAAAGAUGUCAUAACCUGUUCCAACGUGGCUAUCUGCCCAAAGAUAUAGCAAUUUUGUGCAAGAGAUGGGAGGAUAGAGGAUGCUAUGAACCUGUACUACUAAAAGCAAUGGAAUUAAUUGAGACCCAUGGAGCAACAGAAGUUGUGUUUAGCCAGGCUGCUGGUGUUGGGGGAAGUCACAUUGUUCUAGACAGUAUUCAGCACUUUUCAGGCCUGGAGAGGAAUAUUGUAUUUGGGAUUAGUCCAGAGUGUGCCCUGUCAGAGAAAUUUCACAAACUCUGCUUUGCCUCCAGAGCUAUUAAACACCUCUACCUGUUUUAUGAAAAGAGGGCAGCCUCCUGAAAAUCAUUAAAAAUGACACAAGAAGCCAGAAAGAGCUGAGUCCUUUCUCUGAGGCAGCUGACAGUACUCUUUUUCAUAUAUUACAAGUGAGGAAAUGGAAGCAUGGUCAGUAUGGCCUGGAGCCACAGAAAUGUCUCUCGGGACUGAACUUUCUACUCUAUCUGCAGUGCCACUAUUCUUUUUCUAGUUCACUUCACCUCUUCCCUGUACAAUUACAACAGACUUAUAAUUGGCUCUCUACCACCAGUUUCCUUAAAUCCAAGCCAGCCUUCAUCCUGUCACCAGACAGUUUCCACUAAAAUGGAGAAGCUGCUUUUACAAGUCCCCCUGCUCAUGUAUCUUCAGUGAGUCCCUGCUACUUUCAAGCCAAACCAAUCUUCAAGGCUUUCCAUGAUCUGUCCCAACUUACUCCUAGCUGCAUCCUUUAUUAUGCUUCCAUUUCCAAAUGUCUCUAAUGUACUCUGGAUUUACUGUCCGAUUUUUGAUGUGAGGGCAGGGUGCCCUACAGGCUACUCACUUAGACUGGGUGUCUCAAGGGAAGCACCUUGAUUGGCAACUCAUACUGGCUAUGGAUCACCAGCUGUACAGGCCCAGAACUUGAUUUCUUCUUUAUAUAAAGUCUGGAUGAGUCUCUUAAGGUGCACUGGUGGCACUGUGGUUAAGGUGAUCGACUGCUAACCGAAAGGUCAGGGGUUCGAAACUACCAGUGGCUCAGCGGGAGAAAGAUGCGGCAGUCUGCUUCCGUAGAGAUUUACAGCCUUAGAAACACUAUGGGGUCAUUGGGGUCACUAUAGUUUGGAAUCGACUCAGUCUCUUGGGGAUGGCUUUAUGCUAACCAAGCUUACUAAAGACCAAUGCAUAAAUGAAAAUGUCACUUUAUUUACAGUGAAGAUUGUAGUAACAAGUGGGUCAGAUGCUUUUGCCAAUCAGCACAUCCAACAGUAACAUAGGAAGCCAAAUUAUAUGAACACAGCUUUGCAGCAGAGUGCUGGUAAUCAGAUUCAAAUGUAUGAAGUAUUUAGCUAUGUUAAACUACUGCAAUCAUCUCCAAAAUAUGGACAUUCCCACCACAAGAGUUAGAUCAGGUUUACGAGCUAAGGUAAAUUUAGAAUGCUAAGGGUAAUCAGGUUAUUCCAUAUUCCCUGCCUUGUGAAAAUUCUUUCUCCUAGUUUCCAAAGCUUCCAGGUUGACCACCAAACUUCCCUUCACUCCACCCCAACAUAUACAUAUAUACAUAUACAUUGCUGUCUACAUAUGUUAGUACAUUCACCUAGGCGAGAAACGGCUCAUACUCUGCUGGUGGCCUGGAAGAUGUUCUGUCUGUGAAGAACCUUUGCACAUCUCUGAUCUCUUUCAUUAUAAUCUGAUGAUCAUUUUAUAAUCCAACUCUCAAGAGUUUGUAGGGAGCCUGGGUGGAUGCCACCAUCCCUGGAUCCUUGCCUUUGCCUGUGCCUGUUUCACUUUCUCAGUCUUUAAACCCAUUUCUGUUCCCACCACCUGUUGAAAUCCUUAUUCACCAACCAAGUCCCUGUUUAGAUCCCCACCUCCUCAAUUAAACUUUCAUCAAGCCCCUAAGUUAAACCUCGCCUCUCCUUUUUAAGCUAUUCUAUGGCUUCUUCUUCUUUCAAUAUUAACAAUAGCAUCAAACCCUUAUGAACUCUGCCAGAGGAAGAAUGGUUGCCAUAGCAGAAUCUAUGUAACACCCUUUUUUCCUGUCCUCUUUCUAGUAUAUGUGAAAUAUGUACACAUAAAAUCAAAAUUCCCUGUCUCUAGUCAGCUCCCAAAAUGGCUGAGCCAGUCCUAUGUUCUUUAGUACAAUCUUGCUUUUCUGUUUAUAAAAAUUUUAAAUUUGCUUUGGAAAUACUUCUCUUUCCAGAUUGUUUUUAACUUCUAGAAAAGGUUAGGAUAGCUUGAUUGAUUCCAAGGAGGCCCAAAUUCAGGAGAAAGCAUGGAAAUAUUCUUUUGGCCAUAAUUUCAGAUGGGGGAGCAGGUGAGGCUUGGACACACCUUCUUAGCUGCCUUUCUGAACUGCUCAGGCCCACCCAGAGGGGCCAGUCUGAACCCAGUGGCUGGCUUUCCUGGACAUGGAACAAGACAACCCCUCCCUUGGUCCCUGCUGUGCUGAUUACUUGGUGUUUCCUCUGAGGCAUUAGGGUACUUUUGGGUGGGAACAAAUAAUUAAGUAAGUAAUUUUUGGUGAAUCAAAAGAUAGCAAUGCAUUAACAUUAUUUGGAUAUAGGGAGGUGUGUGCAUUCUAUAAAAAAAUUUAAAAGAGUCAAAACGGAGGAGGUUGGGAGUAUGGAGAAGAGUGGAACAAGGAACUGCUAUAUUUUAAUGAUAAGCCUUAGUGCUAUUUGAUUUUUUAAACUAUAUGCAUGUAUUAUAUAAUUUUUGGUAGACUAAUUUAUUUUAAAAAGAAUUGUUUUAAAUAUUGAAUUUGAGAGUCUUUGCCUGUUCUUAGCCUAGUCAAACAGCUCAGUCAGAGUUCAAGUAGAAGGCCUACCCCAGUGGUUCUCAACCCUGGCUGGACAUUAUAAUCACCUGAGGAGCUUCAAAAAAUAUCAGUGAUCAGGCCUGACACCAGACCAAUUAAAUUAGCAUCUCUGGGUAUGGGGCUUGGACCGGUAUUCAUUAAAAGCUGUCCAGAUUGUUCUGAUAUGCUACUAGGAUUUGGAACCAUUGAACCCUUCUCCUGGUCUGUGCUCUCUGUCCCUAAAACAGAUGUGAACAAACUUCUCUCCCAAUUAAGCUGUGAGCUCCUUGAGGGUAAAUAUGAUUUAUACAUCUUUAUUGUCCCCAAAUCAACUAGCACAAUGCCUUGUACAUGGCAGGUGCUCCGUAAGUAUUUGUGGAAUGGACUUGCUCCUUUCAGAAAAUGGGAACCUACUAGGGAAAAUGCUCCUAUUCAAUGAACUGAAUAUCUAAUUUUGUAGACCUCAAAGAAGUCUGUGCGGAGAACAGUCCUCAAUAAUGCAAUAAUAAGGAAUAAGAUAAUACAGGCAAUUGAACUGUUUGUAGAGGGGCAGGCAAAGUAAAAGAUCCAUGAUGACAGAAGUCUGUUAGAUUUGAGUUUGAGAUUGGUAACUGGCAGGUAAAAAGAAUAACUUUCUAACUGGGUUGUACUUAGAAUUCUAAUUUUUUUCUACAGAGCCUUAAUAUGAUGGAAAAAACAGCCAGUUUAAUGAAAUAACCAAUUUAAAAGAGUUGCCUGCUGUAAGAAGCUCCUAAAACCUACUUUUAAAAAGAAGAAUAAUAUGAUACUGUUGUGUAAAUUUGAAAAAUGAAGCAAGGCAAAAUAAAAAGUUCCUAUCAUAUUGUUCCGACUCAUAGCAACCCUACAGGACAGAGUAGAACUGCCCCAUAGAGUUUCAAAGGAGCGCCUGGUGGGUUCAAACUUCCAAACUUUUGAUUAGCAGCCGUAGCUCUUAACCACUACGUCACCAGGGUUUCCAGAUUGAGUUGCAAUCGACUCGAUGGCAGUGGGUUUUUUUUUUUUUUUUGGAUCAUAUUGUUAUAAGUUUUUUUCAAUUUUGCUUAUUUAUUUCCAUUCCUUGUUGAUCUGCAAAUGCAUUUUUACAUAGUUAUGAUCAAGUUCUAUAUCAAUUUUAUAUCCUGUGGAUGAUUAUUUCCCCCCAUAACCAUUUCAUGAGGCAUUGUUGUAGGCUGUUUUACUGUUCCUAAUACUUCAUCCCUCCCUAUACUGUACUGUUUAUAGUUCCUAAUGCUAGAACUGAAAUAUAUUUUCCAGCUGUCUUGAUGUUGCCUUGAUGUGGACUUGGCCAUGUGACUUGAUUUGGACAUGAAAUGUUAGUAGUUGUGAUGUAUGCAGAGGCUUUACGUAUGUUUUUAGCAUUGAGCUUGCUCUCUUGGGUUUCUGCCUUUGCCAUGAGAAGAACAUGCCCUGAGUAGCCCAUCAGUUACUGACGAAUGAAAGACAUGUGAAACAGACUUGAACUCAACUCACGGCCUGAAACCAAGUUCAAUCGAGCUCAACUGGAUCAGCCGAAACCCAAGUGAUCUGCAAAUACAUGAGCGAGAAAUAAAUGCAUAUUAUUGUAUGGCUGAGAUUUCAAGGUUGUUUGUUUCACAGCUGUAGCUAACGCAGAUAUUUUCCUGUCUCAUACCACAGCCUUCAAAAUUACAGUUUUACUGGUUGCACAUAUCCUAGCCAGGUCAUAUGAAAUUUCAGGAAUCAUUCCCCUAUGAUUUGGGUCACUAGGAAAUUUUACAUUAUUAAAAUUAAGCCAGGCAUAUACUCAGGCAUAUAACCUUUUCUGUCUUUGGUAUAUUUAUAAAUUCCCAGAGAUGGGGCUACUGGGUGAAAAGGAUGGCCUGGAUAAAAGAUUCAUCUUAUGCAUAUUUUUUCUGUUGUGUUCUGAUGGGACGUGCAUAGAAAAAUCCCAAUCACUUUACCUGAUAACAUACAGAUUUGUUGCCUUAAAUAAGAGAACAAUAUGCUGAUACCAGGUCCUGAUGACAAAAAAAAAAAAAAAGAGGCAUUGGUAUUUUAGAAACAGGUGAUUCAGGGUAUGUUGUCUUCCCGUGGGAACAUGCUCCCAGGGAAAGUAAAACCAACGCUCAUCAACUUAACCCAGAAGCUCAGAGGAAGAAUUUAACUUAGAGAAUUACUGAUAGGAACAUGAAUUAUGUAACCUUAAUAUUAUACAGAAAACAACUUUAGCUACUUGAAAGUUGUGUUGAAGUUUCCUACUAUUAUUGUGCAGCUGUCUAUCUCACUUUUCAACGCUGAUAGAGUUUGUUUUAUGUAUCUUGCAGCCCUGUCAUUGGUGCAUAAAUAUUUAAUAUGGUUAUAUCUUCUUGGUGUAUUG